UAACCCUUACAGGUGGCUGAGCUUAAUAUUUAUCCGGUUGAAGUAGUGAUUUUGUAAUAACGUUAGGUUACAUGAUAAAAACAUAGUGCCUUAUGCUAAUUAAAAAGUGCAACUUUUUUUUAUAUAAAUAAGUAGUUUAUUUUUUAUUUUGAACUAUAGAACUAUUACCGGAAAAUGCGGCUAAAACAAAGGAAUAUGCGGAGGAUUCUUCCUGCAGGUCAUAGUGACGAUACAUCUAAUGCAGAUGCCGAGGAACUAGAGCAAGCUCCAUCUUUUACCAACGGCAGUUUAAAAGAAGAAGAACUAAAUGUGAAUACAGAAACAUUCAUAAAAUGUCCGCAGUGCGAAAAGAGAUGCCAAAGUUAUCAAGAGCUAAAAGAACAUUUGGAAAUUUCACAUGGAGAUUUGACAGCGUCAUCGGAAAACAGUUUAUCAAUAAGGGCAGUAUCUCCACUACCGAUGGCCGGAACUGGAGGAAGGUACGGUUGUUCUCAGUGCAGUGCUUCAUUUACAUCUAAAGAACAGCUGGAAAAGCAUGAACUACUACAUUCGCCAAAUGCUCAAGUGUCAUGCAAAAUCUGCAACAAGACAUUUGCCAAUGUGUACAGAUUACAGAGGCAUAUGAUAAGCCACGACGAGAGUGCUGUUCUCCGUAAAUUUAAAUGUACCGAAUGUGAUAAGGCUUUCAAAUUUAAGCAUCAUCUCAAGGAACAUAUACGGAUACAUAGCGGCGAAAAACCCUUUGAAUGUGGAAACUGCGGGAAACGCUUUUCACAUUCAGGCUCCUACUCUAGUCACAUGACGUCUAAGAAGUGCUUAGUAAUCAAUCUGAAGCUUGGCAGAACUAGAGCUCCCAUAAACAACUCUCUUUUGGAUAAAAGCAUGCCUCAGAAUCUUAAAACUACCAAGAGGCCAUCUGUUAGUCCUCUUAAUAACAAUAUUAAUAGUAGCCCUAAUCAUAACUCACCAUAUUUACCGAUAUUGCCUAAAUAUCCUGGAGAAGCAGCGGCAGCAGCUUUAUUCCAGUCACAGCUGGCAAGCAAUCCUGCUUCGAUGACGCCAUUCUACUUAACGCCUCAUAGCCUUUUAAAUACAACGCAUCCAAUCAGUCCUUAUUCUUUAAGUCAUUUACUGGAACAGCUUCAACAACAAGCACAUCAACAACAAUCAAGUGCUUCUAGUCCUAUAGGAAGCCAUGUAAUGGAUACCUCAGAACCUGCUGAGGAUUACGCUAAAACACAGGAAAACAGAGUAUCUAUUACCCAUACAGAAAAUAAUUUAGAGUCUGAACAUGCUGAUGAUCUGUCUAAGUCUAACAUGUCCGAAAGCGGAGAAUUAAUAAUGGAUGAAAGUAAUGACAAUUUUAGUGUCAAUAUUGAAGAUAAAACCGAUGAUAAUUACGACAAUUUGACAAUAUCUAAGACUGCCAACCCGGAUACUAAGCCUAUUUCUGAAUCAAACGAAAUUCUUAAUAUUAGUGAUAACGCCAGCUCAGCAUCUUUACAUUCCCCAAAGAGCCAAUUUCCAUGUGGCAAUUGCAGCAAAAUAUUUGAAUCCCUCAGUUGUUUAGAAGAUCAUGAUUGUAAAGAUUCCCAAAGUGAAGGUUUAGCGGCAAAAUUAGAAGCAGCGUUAACGCCGAAAUCUGAGCAUAGCUCCUCUGAAAAUAUAAGUGGAACCGAAGAUCAGGACUUCGAAAGGAAUAGUUUCCAAAACCAAGACGAUUUCGAUUCGGAGAACUAUGCCACUACUGAUCACGUAAACGAGGAUGGAAAGAAAGUUCGAGUACGAUCGCUGAUAUCCGAGGAACAACUGAGGUUUCUUAAGGACAAAUAUAAAGAGAAUCCACGGCCAAAAAGAGAGGAUCUUGAAAAGAUAUCCGCAAACAUAGGAUUUUCGGUUCGAGUAGUUCAAGUAUGGUUUCAGAAUACUAGAGCUCGUGACAGAAGGGAGGGAAGGCUGAUUCAAGUGCCCUAUAGUCCAGCUGCUUCUGGAUCUCGUUAUUCCAUACCUAAUAUACCACUAAAUACUCAGCUUUUACCGCACUCUCCACAAUUUGUGUCAGAAGAGCCUUUGGAUUUAUCGGUUAAAAGAGACCGAGCAGAUAUGUCAAAUGAAUCAUCUCCAUCAUGUUCUCCAAUGCGACCUCAAUCAGUUAACUAUUCCGAAUCUCACGAUGAAGUUGUGAACUUAAGUCAAAAGUCCUCACGGAGUCCGACACCAUACGUCUCACCCUAUGCAAAUCAUUUUCAAGGAUCUAACUCUUCUGAUCCAAGACAUUCCCCAUCACCGCUGGACUACAACAGCAGCCGUCUAGCACAUAUUCUAGGUCAACAACCACAUAAACUAGCUGGCCUAUCUAGUAUGGGCAUUGUUCCAAUGGAUACUCUUUUACAAAUGGGUGCUCACGAUAUUCCUAGCUUAACGCAACUAAUAAACAGUAGAAUGUCGAAUCUCAGUCCAAAUUCAAAUAAUUCUUUGAGCGAAGGACAUUUGGAUGAUGAAAGUAUGCAAAACAAGAGGGCAAAAGUGCAACAGUUUUUAUUGAAAAGUCUGGGCAGUCCUAGCAUGGGACCAGAACCGGAAAUAGAGGGACAAUUUCAAUGUGAUCAAUGCGAUAAGGCGUUUUCCAAGCAAAGCUCGUUGGCUAGGCACAAGUACGAACAUUCGGGUCAGCGUCCACACAAAUGUGACGAAUGUCCUAAAGCUUUCAAACACAAGCAUCACCUCACCGAACACAAGAGACUGCAUUCCGGAGAAAAGCCAUUUCAAUGCAGCAAAUGCCUAAAGAGGUUCUCGCAUUCCGGCUCUUACAGUCAACACAUGAAUCACAGAUAUUCGUACUGUAAGCCAUAUAGAGAAUAGUUUUGUAGUUUAUCUGUAAAUAAUAAACUAAAAUAUUUUUGUUUAUAAAGAACUUUUUAAAGUUGCCAUUUUUUGCCUAUAUUAAGAAUUAUUAAAUAAAAGCUUAACUAAGUAUUUAAGAAGGGGA